GCACUAGCACUCGCAGAGGUAACAUCUCGUACUCUUGCUCUGCGUCUAUAUUUCUCUGUAUCGUCUAAACUGUGACCUUUUUGUAUCAAUAAAUACUACACAUUUAAUUCUGCCAUAUCAAUUGAGAUUAUCCUGCUUAAUAAAUUCAAUAAGUAUAUUUUGAUAUGGUGGAUAACCAUCUCCAACUCUGAAUAAGGCAAAACUCACUUUACAAAUCAAUAUCAAACAGUGCUUUAUACCACAACAUCUUCUUUAAAAUAAUGUUUGCUGGCAGACAGUGCGCUCAGUCAGAUUAUUCAUAGCACGACUCGUCUGUUGUGAAACGAGCCGCGAUAAAUAUCACCAGUCUUACGAAGAGAGAUUUUAAUGUUCGGGAAUCCUCGGUUCAUAAAAUAAAACCGUGAGUUAUUGGGUUAUUUCUCGCGUGAAAAAUAUAAGCCACUUAACUAAGUAUCGGGCAUUUCCCUUCAGAUAGUAACACACUAAUUACGCAGAAAUAAUAUUUGUUUUGAGAUAUAAAAUUGCUCCAGCACAACAAGAAUCAGCAGUCAGUCCGCUGAUGUUGCAGAGCAACGUUUACGCAGCAGUAAAAAUGAUACUCUUAGUCGUAUCGAUUGCUUUAACACUACAGGCUUCUGCUGCUUUUCCUUAUAGAUAUGCUAAUGAUGGUACGGAAAUCCUUGUAGCAGCAACUGAUAGAGUUUACAGAACGAGCUUCGACACAUUUCUUGUCGCCAAGGCAGUCAACGCUACGGGUGUCGACUACCAUUACGAUAAGCAUCUAUUGUUCUGGAGCGACGUGGCUACCCAUAGGAUCUACAGCAAAGAUUUGUUCAACGAAUCCAGUGAAAUUAAGACUGUAGUUGCAGGGCCGAAUGACUGAUUGUGAGAGCCCCGAGCCAUCGCCGUCGACUACGUCAAUGACAAAAUCUACGCGAUGGACCAACGCGGCAGGAAGAUAGACGUUUUCGAGUUGGACGGAAGUAAGUGGAUAUCGUCGUUGAUCCUUACGAGGGCUUCGUGUUUUAUGGGGAUCAUAAUAAGGUAAUCAAGCGAGUUCAUGACUGACUUCUUGUAGACAACUUUCAAGCUGUUUCGCACCAACGUGUAAGAAAUAACUGGAUAUAAGACUUUGAAUCGAGCACAUUGCAGACUUCUAUCUAAAAAAGAUAAGGUCCGCAGAUUAGUCGGCAAGAAUAAACCACAUGUAGGGCGUCUUAUCACAUUAUUCUCGAUGAUUUCAUUUUCGUUCGACGAUCCAAAAAACCAAACUCGUCAACCUCAAACUAACAAUAUUCGUUUGAUCAUGUAUUCGCAGGUGAUGCGCGCCACGAUGGACUUCACCUCCGUCGAGUGCGUCAGCCAAAAGGCCCGCAUCUCAGGUCUGCCGGUAGAUCCGUUCGUGAAGAGCUUCUACUACGCAGAUGCUCAGCACGUCCUCUGGGAGACGAAUUACAAAGGCGAGCGGAACUUCCGCUUCAAUAUUUACGAAGACGCACAGGGUUCCCUACUAUAGUAGAUUUAUGGCUCCACGCAGUUUGAGCAAGUACAAUCACCGGGAAUUCUUCUGUUUGGAAGAUCUCGUGGAGGAGGGCUAUCCCAGUUUAUUCCAUUUACGGUUCUACAGGAGCCCCCAGGCGGAGUCAGUUUACACUGAUAUGAAGAGCGGUAGGACCAUUAGGGUUAGACAUUCUGCGGUGUCGAAGUCGAGAAUUGUAAGCGUCAAGGUAUUGUCUUGGACAUGUUCUUGCAUCUGAAAGGCUGCGAGAAAGCGAGUACAUGUGCCUGGUGUCCAAUGCAAUGUACUCGUCGGUAAUACACUCCUGUUUCGACGAGGCGUAACGAUAUUACAGCAUUUUUCACGAUGUAGUAUUCGACUUUUGUAUACAAAAUUUCGACGAAAAAUAAACGCACUUGUGCACGAAA